GUAAAAUAAUCGUUCCAUUCGUAUCGACGAAACUACGUACAUGGUUAUUAGCUUCGUAACUAGUUACUGAAACCGAUUACGUUAAAUAACGCCCAACGCUACUAUGUAACUGUCCACCCCCUGAUCUAUGGUCAAAACACUCAAAAGUUAAUGAAAAUUAUUAAAAGUAUUAGGUAACUUAGAAUUCUACGAAAACUCAAUAAAAUGGAUACAACUGGGCCUAGUCUAGCGUUAGAAAAUGGUUUGGACUUGGGCAAAUUAUUUACAACUGGUUCAGUACUUCAUAUAAAUGAAGACUAUAAUGAUAUGGACUUUAUUGGUGAUACCAAUAAUAAUGAAGAUAAAAGAACUAAUUAUAUUGGAGAGCCUGUGACUUCAUUUGAAGAAUUCGAGAAACAAUUACAAACAGUGGAUGAAAAUGGACAUGUUAAGAAAAAGAUAUUAGAAGAGGGCGGAGGGCAACUUUUGGGCAAAGAAUGGACUGUGUCAGUUAGUUUUGCUGGUUAUUGGGAAAAUGAAUCAGAGCCUUUUGACUAUACAAAGUCAUAUAAACCUUUGGUAGUAAACUUAAAUGAAAAUGGCUUGCUCCCAGGUAUACAAAUGGCCAUACAGUCAAUGUUAGUUGGUGAGAUGGCAGUAUUUCUUUUGUCCCAUGUAGUUAUGUAUGGAGAAUUGGGUGUACCACCCAGAAUUAAACCUAAGGCUGACUGUAUUUUUUAUAUAAAGAUUAUAAAAUCUUUCAAAACUCCUAAAGAAGGGAAAUUAGAUUUUUCUGAGCCUAAUAUCUUUAACAGGGUAUAUAGUGAAGUCAAAAUGUUAUAUGCUUCAGGUAUUACAUUACAUAAGACAAAAAACUACACUGCAGCAAUACAGUUGUUUAGGAAAGGAGUCAAUAUGUUACACAGAUGUCGAUUGGCUGAUGAAAAUGAAGAACAGAUACAAGAAAAACUAUUAAUCAAAUUGUACAUUAACUUAUUGGUCUCUUAUAAUGAAAUAAAACAACCAUUAAAAGCUUGUACAAUAUGUAACGAACUGAAAAGGUUAAAUAGGCUUUGGAAUAAUGAAAAGGUUCUUUUUCAGAGUGCUAAGGCCUUAAGAAUGAUAGGUGAGUUUAAUGCAGCAGAGAAACGAUUAAAACGAGCUCUAGAGCUUUGUCCUGACAAUGAAAAGAUAGUAGCUGAAUUAUCACUCCUCGCUAAAACGAGAGAUUCUUGUUGUAAAGUUAGCCUGAUAGAAAAUAAAAUUGAUAACUCAAAUACAAUAAGCGAUAGUUUUAAAACAGAAGUAGACAAUCUAAUUAAAAACUUUAAAGUGAAUGUUAAUAUAUGCAAAUUAACACUUCCUGGUGAUUUAAAUAAUGCUGAAAUAGAGUAUAUAAAAGAAGCCUGCAGUAAAGAGAAUUUAUUUUGUAACAAAAUUCAAAAAGACUAUUUGUUAGAUAAAGAUAAAGAAGUGUCUAUAGAAUCUAAUUUAGAUCUAUUUAUUUAAAGAUAUGAAGAAAGAAUAUUCAAAUAUUAUUAAAAUAUAAUUUUCAAA